GUGCACAUACAAGCCUGUGAUAGUGAAUCGUAUACAUAUCGCGUUUCUCGGUUCUCUGGUCCCGCUCUCGUGUGAUUCAAUUAUUUUGUUUCUGUUCUCGGCAAUGAACGAGCACGCAAACACGAACCUUGUUUGUAGUGCGUUUUUGUUUCGUUAUUUCCAGUGUGUCUUGUGUGUAUUUCAAUGUGCUUUUUUUUGAACAAUUCGAUUCGGUUUUUCACUUCACACGGAAAACAAACGAAAAACUUCAAUUCGGUGGUUGGCAUUCGAUUUUCACAUUCGAAUUUUUCACAAAUUGAAUGGAAACAACGACACGUUAAAUGCAUUUUUAAUAAUUACAAUUGGGAAAUGGUAAAAGUGCUUCACAACAGCGAACCAAAAUAAAUGAAACGAGUGAGAAAAAUAAAAAAACAACAACAAUGUUUUAUGGAAAAUGUGUGUGUAUCGAUUUUGAAAAGAAAAAUAAACGAUAAUAUCAGUGACAUUUGAUAAACACGUAUAUGAACAAGAUAUGAAUGGAUUUUUGUUUCGUAAUUAUUCUGUGAUUAUGAUAAUGUGUGAAUAGUUUGAUUGCACCACAACACAUCUUGCGGAUUAUUUCAACUGCCAACUGUCUUGGUGUCUAAUUUGAAUACAUUUGGUUAUAUUGCCGCUACAUUCAAACGAAAAAGCAUUUUUUUUUGUUAUUCAUGUCGAUUAAAGAAUUCGUGCACUGCAGCGGAAGUAGCGAGUGAAAAUAAUGUCAAAUCAUCAAACCUAGAGCAUCGACUGAAUUCAAUUGUGGUGUGAAAUGAACAAAAAACGUUAAAAGUAUUCCGAUUAUAUAUUGAAAGUGCAAAUAAAAAGAAAAAAAACUUAAAAAAAGUUACCAAAAAGUUAGGAAGAAACUUUGAAAAUUCUUGUUUAGUGUAAAUUUUUGUUUAUUGCGCGCGGAAUUAGAAAUUCGUCAAGAUUUUCGCGUUACAAUCAACACCAGCGGCCAUGAUGGGAGCAUCAGUGACUCCCUGGCCAGGAACGACAAUGAUGGAUCGCGUCACAUUGGAUGACAUUCCACACAAAGCACGAGUCCAAUACCAGAUGUCGGCUGAUUUUCAACCAGAUUCAAGUCACAGUGGAGUCAAUCAAUUGGGUGGUGUGUUCGUUGGCGGUCGACCGUUACCAGAUUCGACGCGUCAAAAAAUCGUCGAAUUAGCCCACUCAGGUGCACGGCCUUGUGACAUAUCACGCAUCCUGCAAGUAUCGAAUGGUUGUGUUAGUAAAAUAUUAGGACGAUAUUAUGAAACGGGCAGCAUACGACCACGCGCUAUUGGUGGCUCAAAGCCACGAGUCGCCACCGCUGAAGUUGUUCACAAAAUAUCACUCUAUAAACGCGAAUGCCCAAGCAUUUUUGCAUGGGAAAUACGUGAUCGAUUACUACAAGAAGGCGCCUGCACAAACGACAACAUUCCUAGCGUGUCUUCAAUUAAUCGUGUCCUUCGCAAUUUAGCCGCACAAAAAGAGCAACAACAUCAACAGGGCUCCAGUUCAUCACUGCAUCAUAACAACACUUCGCAUACACAUCAUCAUUCUCAAACUUCUGUACAUCAACAAUCGCCAAUAAUCGAUCGUGUUGCCGCAUCAACGCCACCAACAUUGAGCAAUUUAUCAAGCGAUUCGGCUUACGAUAAAUUUCGUUUGCUAAACGGACAUCAUCAUCAUCAUUUGACAUCGCCACAUCAUUCGGGCGGUAGUGGUAGCGUGGCGAGUAAUGGUACAAGCAAUACAGCAUCUUGGCCACGAACACCAACGGCAUGGUAUCCAAGUGCUGGUGCAACAACGCCUAUGUCGUUCGGACUACAACCGCUCAGUCCAUCGGAUGGUGCCGGCAUUGCAAGCGGCGGAACAUGCACCGUUCUUGGUGAGGAUAUCGCAUCAAAAAAAGAGCUAGAUGUUGGUUUACAUUCGGAUGAGACAGGGUCGGGUGAAGGUGAAAAUUCAAAUGGUGGCUGCUCGAUAAUUGGCGGAAUAACAACCGGUACGGAUAGCGAUGAUCAGGCUCGAUUACGUUUGAAACGUAAAUUACAAAGGAAUCGCACUUCAUUUACAAAUGAACAAAUCGAUAGUUUAGAAAAAGAAUUUGAGCGCACACAUUACCCGGACGUGUUUGCACGCGAACGAUUGGCUGCCAAAAUACAAUUACCUGAAGCUCGCAUACAGGUGUGGUUUUCAAACCGUCGAGCCAAAUGGCGUCGAGAGGAGAAACUGCGAAAUCAACGCCGUACACCAAGCUCAAGUGUUAGCAGCACAGCCGGCGGUGGUACCAAUCCGGGUAGCGUAACACCAACUAAUCUAAGCGGAAUCACUGCAGCUGGAGUCAAUGGAUCCACUCAUCCUGGCAGCAAUACUCCCAUGUCAAAUGGAAACAAUCAUGCAACUAAUAGUGAUCUGUUGCAAAGUGGUGGUUCUGGCUUGUUGGGUAGCUCCAACUAUUUGCAUAUAUCAUCAUUGUCGCCAACACGUCUUAAUUUAAAUAAUGGUUUUGGCAGUGCAAUGAGCACCAUGUAUCCAUCGAUACAUCCGUCCAUGCAAAUGGGCGAUUCUUAUAGCUUCUGCAAUUAUGGUUCGAUGUCGGCAAUGUCAAGUUUCUCGCAUCAUCAUCAUACACCACCGUCAUCGAUCGGCCCAUUAUCGGUUUCACCAACGCACACCGGUGCCAGCCAUGGACCGCCAACAUCGGUUUCGCAGCAAUGUUUAAUGCAAUCAAAUUCACAGCAAUCACAGCAAUUGAAUAGAGAUUUGAUUUCACCUUCGCCAUAUCAAUGUCAUAUGUCUGUGCGUAGCGGUACAUUGACCCCAGGUCCAAGUGUAUCAGCAUCAUCGUUGGCCGCCGCUGCUGCAGCUGCUUAUGAUUCACUUGGACUGGUCAGCGGACCCAAUUCCGCCAGUACAUACAAUACGUCAAGACAUUCGCCAAGCAGCCCCUCUCAAACCUCAUCAGCCGGUGGACUUUAUUCAUUCAACUCUCAAUCGUCGGUACCAUUUGGUUUACCAAAUUCAUCAAACGGCACCACCGGUUUAAUUUCGCCAGGCGUUUCAGUACCGAUUCCCGUCGCAAUACCUGUUCAAACCACCGAUAUGACAUCAUCGGCGUACUGGAGUCGACUUCAGUGACCUUGGUAUUAAUUGGAUUGAGUUAACACAAAAUCAUUUUGAUUAGGUUAAGAAUUCAAAAAAGGAUAACAACCCAUUUGAAUAUCUUCUGUAUUUCCUUACAAGCAAUUUUGUUCCAACAACAAAAAAUAUAUUGUGUCUCAAUCUUUCUUCCUUUUUCGAAAUAUUUGACUUCAAGGUGAUGAGUACUCACAAGAAGUAAUCGAGUGAUGAAUGUAGAUAAAAACCAUGUUACAACCCAAUUUGGUUCGAUCAAUCGUCGGAAAAGUACCGAUAGACUAACCAACGCAUUCCAUAAAAUGCCAUAUACUUAAAACAUGGUGUUCAUCUAAUUAGUUCACACCUAAAUCUAGCUCAUUUGUGAGUAAUUUUUUUCAUUUUCCAAAAAAAUGGAACUCGUCGCAGGAGUUUUAUCAAGUUAUCAAUUAAACGUAAUGGAGGUUUUCACCAUUAAAUGGGGCCUCCGAUGUGUGAACUCAAAAGCAACAACAUUAAAUCGUCGAACAAAACAGAAGAAAAGUUUAAAUGAAUUAAACAAGUGUAAAUAAGUGAUGAAUGUAUUUUUUUGGGUAGUUACAAUGUUCAUUAACUCUUAAUUCAUUCGAAUAGUUGUUCACACAUCAUCCACGGCAAAUGCGAAUGCAGCAAAAGGCAGUUUUACAAACAAACAAACAAAUUAAUAAAAAAAACCAUCAAUUUAGCGAGUAAACAACUUCAUAAAUCCGAAGGAAAAAAAAGUGUGUUAGAAAUUUUAUAAAUAUAUAUAUUCCAUUCACGUAAAAAAUUGUGGACAAGAAAGAGAACAAAAAAAAAUACAAGUAACAUUUAAGUAAAUGAAAUCUUAGGAAAUAUGUUUAGAGAUUUAAGAUGAAUUCAACCAUAUCCGUGCUGAUAAAAUAAAUGUACACCCAAUCUAAUAGAGCGCUCACCUCCAAUAUAUAUAUGGCAAAAUCCGAUGAUACAUUUUGAAUGGAUUUCAGUUAGACUCUGUGGUCUGAACGUAAUGGACAAUUUAAUUGCAGGGUUUUUGCAGUCGGAUUGAACAAAUUCAUUACUUUUCCCCUCAAAUAACAUGUAAUCAGACAUGUUGAACGAAUUUUUCAGAUAAACAAUCACAUGAAACCAUUUUGUUAGACACAUUUUUGGGACUCGAAACAAAAAAAUAAAAUAAAAUAAAAUUCAGUAUUUUUCUUUAAAUUUAGUUUUAACUCUAAUUUCAAAAAAUAAACUAAUUCCAAUUUAGUUUCAAGUUAAAAUCGAAUGAUCGAAAAAUGAUUCUAGCAAAAUUCGUUCGGUGACAAAACGAAAAAUACGAGCAACAAAUGACAAAAAUGCCAAUAUGGCGAUCGAUAUCUAGAAAGAUCGAAUGAUAAAUGAAAUAUUGGAUGUUCAUAAAAUUGCUUUGAAAUUUGUUGAUGUGUGAUCCAAAACCACCGCCCAGUCAAUCUUGUCAUUCACUGUGUAUUGUAUAAUUAAUUAACGUUUCAACGUGUAACUUUAAAAUUGUGUACCCCACAGAACAAAAUGAACUUAUUUUGAUGUGUGAAUAAUAACAUAAAAAAACUGAACAAAAUGAAAGCAUAGGAUAUAUAUAUAUAUUUAUUUAUGUACACGAAAACUCACGAAAAAAUGGAAUAAGAAGAAAGAGGAGGAAAGGAGUUAGCCCCCCCCAACAAAAGCCCCAACAUAUCCUUCCACACAUUCGGUGACCCGUAUCAACAGUUGAUCAACUAUAUAGAGUAGCAUAUGGUGCACACGAAAUGUAUCAAUAUCAUACAGUUCAUCAUUUGACACAGCUUACGACAUUUUGAAUUUAAAUCGGUAAAUUCACGGUUUUCAGUAGUCACUCUUCCAAUCAAUUAAAUAAGAAACAACAACAACAACAAAAAAUGAAUUCAUUUCUCAACGUAACAAAUAAGUGUAUAUCAGAGAGUUCUCAAAGCAUUCUACUAAUUAAUCUUUCGAUUUAAGUUAAUGAAUAAAUAUAUCAAUAUUAUAUCCAAUUUCACUCAGAUACACACAAAAACACAAAA